CGUCAAACAUACUGAGUUUAGAAGUGACAUAUGGUGACGUCACCUCAAAACAAAGUGUAGAUUCAUAAAUAUUGUCACGCCAACGUACAGUGCGCGAGUAUUAAGACAUUGCGGAUUUUUUUUUCAUCUGUGGCACGCAGUGGAACUAUUGAACUUUGUAGAUAAUAGAAUGCUUCGUAUCCUCCGCAAUCCAGGACUGGGUCAGCGGUUCAUCAGGAAAACAUUUUCCUUCUCGGCAGUAGCUACCAAGCAGUUUGUAAUCAAUAAUCACUAUGAAUUCGACCAGAAGGUUAUCAACAGUGACAAUCCGGUGAUCGUUAAUUUUCACGCGGAAUGGUGCGAUCCCUGUAAAAUACUCACGCCCAAAAUGGCGGAAAUGUUGGAACCCUCGGAGGACAUCGAUUUGGCGAUCGUGAACGUGGACGACAACGCCGAGCUGGUGCAAACGUUCGAGGUGAAAGCUGUACCUGCCGUGCUGGCCUUCCGAAACGGUGUUGUGGUGGACAAAUUUAUCGGUUUGGUCGACGCGGACAUGAUCGAGAGCCUGAUCGGGAAACUGGCGAGGAAAAAGUAAUCCCUAGUCACUCCGCCGACUUAGUGCUUAGUGUAAAACGGUGAUCGGUAGCCGAGCUGUGAUUGAACAUUGACCACUAAAAGAAAAUAGGCAUACUGUGUGAUGUGACUUAUAAUAACAAUUGAACUAAGGGUACAUUGAUUGAUACCUUUGAUGCCAAUAAAUCCUAGAAUAAUACAGAAGCUAAGUUUGCAAUCGUGAAUGUCCACAAGUGGAUAGAGAAAUACAGUCCGCAAUGUUCACAUUCACUAGGGAUGUUAUAUUUAACUGUGCAUGCGUAUUGAAACUGAAUAGAAAUAAAAAUCAAUCGAACAAAAAAAA